UGUUAAUGAUCACCUUGAAUCCAUCGACAACUUGUGGCCCAAGCUCAUGGCUGUUGUAUAAAUUAAUCAAACCUCACCUCUCCACUUCUCCACAACUUAUUCUCACAAAUCCAAAAACCUCAGCAAUGGCUUCCCCUAAACUUACACCCUUUGUUGCAGUGGUAGCUUUGAUGCUUGCUCCCUCUCUUGCUCAGCUUAACCCUUUCUUCUACACCUUCACUUGCCCUCAACUUCCUUUCAUUGUUCUAAAUACAGUCUCUCAAGCUCUCCAAACCGACGACCGAGCUGCUGCCAAGCUCAUUCGUCUCCACUUUCAUGACUGCUUUGCCAAUGGGUGUGAUGGAUCUGUGCUACUGGAAGACGUACCUGGUGUUAUCGACAGUGAGUUGAACGCACCUCCCAACAAUGGAAUCCAAGGGCUAGACAUUGUGGAUAACAUCAAAGCAGCAGUUGAAAGCUCUUGUCCAGGCAUUGUUUCUUGUGCUGACAUAUUAGCUCUCUCAUCUCAAGUGGCUGUUGUACUGUCUGGAGGGCCGGCAUGGAUUGUCCCAUUGGGAAGAAAAGACAGCAGAAUAGCAAACAGAGCUGCAGCAGCAAAUCUGCCAAGUCCCUUCGAAACUCUAGACGUGCUGAAAUCCAAAUUUGCAGCAUUCGGGUUGAGUUCUACGGAUCUUGUGACUCUAUCGGGAGCGCACACGUUCGGUCGAUCAAGAUGUCUCUUCUUCACAGGACGGUUCGACAAUUUCAACAACACCGGCCUACCGGACCCGACUUUGGAUGCUGCAUACAGGGAGCAGCUACGCCAACUUUGUGCCACUCCAGUAACAAGAGUAAACUUCGAUCCAACCACACCAGACACAUUCGAUAAAAACUAUUACGUUAAUCUCCAAAACCAUAAAGGGCUCCUCCAAAGUGAUCAAGAGCUUUUCUCAACCCCUGGGGCUGAUACAACUGCCAUUGUCAACAGAUUUGCUGCUAGCCAACUUCUGUUCUUUAUUCAAUUUGGUAAUUCGAUGAUCAAAAUGGGGAAUCUUAGCCCUCCACCUGGCACCCCAUCUGAAGUCAGAUUGAACUGUAGGAGGAUCAACCCAUCCACGACCACCCUCCAUGAUGUUAUCUAACUUAUAAUUUAAAUUUACAUGAAUAAACUUCAACUUUGUUGUUGUGUUUGAAUCCAGUUCAUUGACUCUGUUGUGGUGGAUUAAUAUUUAGCAAUUUAUAAAUAUAUAGUGAUGUAAAACAACAAAGUCAGAGGUUGGUUGCUUUGUUUUUCUUAAUCACACAAUAAUAACAUACUUAUUAGUUAA